AACCAUCAGAUUGCAACAUUACUAUUCCUCGAGCCGCCUCACUCCCAUGAUCCUACCGCUAUUGCAGAUUUUAUAUCCUUACCAACGGCAAUGCUGAAUCAACUUCCAGCCGCGGCCCAAGAUCUCCUAUGGACUGUGCAAGAAGCGACGUCAAUCGUGUUUGCGUCCUACCAAAGACUCCAAGAGUUACUUGAACGGAGUGAAGAUAAUGUGCUUGAGUCUGAAGCCCUAGAUACCAGACAGAGAUAUCCGAACGCUAUCUCCUUUAACUAUAGGAAUUAUCUGCAGGCCGAGAGAGACUAUCUGCUUAUUGAUGCCAUGCCCGAUUGGCGGCACAAAGCAGUACGGCUCACUAUUGCUCUCAAAGAUCAUUCUAGCCUUCGUUUCCAAUGGUCGGGUCAGCAUAUGACGGUGGGCGGUUGGUGGAAAUCGAUUCAAAGAACGGUCGCUUCUUGGGCCGAGCAAGCGGAAGAGAUAGUAAUCCCAGAACCUCAGGCUAUUCAAGAGGAGCUGCAACUAAAGUUCUCCAGGCCAUCCACCAAGACA